UAGAGAGCAGUAGAGCCGAACGACAAGGACCCAUGCGAUUCCACGCCCGCCACCCUGGUACGUAGUCGUACUCUCGAUCACGACGCCCUAAUCGCGCCACUAAACCGCGUGUUCGCCGGCAAGCCGACGGCGCGGGAGCGCGGGCAUAUAUAGCUCGUGCCCCGGCACCUUCUCCUCAGACAGUCCGUCAGUCAGUCAGUCAUCAGCCACUGACGAAGCCAUUUCCAACCCUCUCGUACGCAUCUUCCACGAGAGCAUCAGCAAAGCAAGAAUAAAGGCAGCUAGCAGCACGAACAACGGCGGCUAGCGGCUGAAGGAGGAGGAGGAGGGGCCGAUGGAGAUCGUGAGGAUGGGAAGCUCGGCGGGGGGCGGGAGCGGCGUGCGGCGGACGGCGUCGUCCUGGCGUGGGGCGUCGGGGAGGAGCGACGCCUUCGGGCGGUCGGCCAGGGAGGAGGACGACGAGGAGGCGCUGCGCUGGGCGGCCAUCGAGAAGCUCCCCACGUACGACCGCAUGCGCAAGGGCAUCCUGCUCCCCGGCGCCGUCGCCGGCGUCGGCGGCGCCGGGCAGGAGGUGGACAUCCAGGGGCUCGGCCUCAACGAGAGGAAGAACCUCAUCGAGCGCCUCAUACGCACCGCCGAGGAGGACAACGAGCGCUUCCUCCUCAAGCUCCGCGACCGGAUGGAGCGGGUUGGGAUCGAGAACCCGACGAUCGAGGUGCGGUUCCAGAACCUCAACAUCGACGCCGAGGCCUACGUCGGCAACCGGGGAAUCCCGACGUUCAUCAACUUCUUCUCCAACAAAAUCAUGAAUGUGCUGAGUGCUCUGCGCAUCGUGUCAAGCGGGAAGAGGCCCAUCUCUAUCAUCCAUGACAUCAGCGGAAUCGUAAGGCCCGGCAGGAUGUCCUUGUUGCUUGGCCCCCCUGGGUCUGGAAAAACUAGCCUACUCCUGGCACUGGCAGGGAAGCUGGACUCAACUCUCAAGGUGUCAGGGAGAGUGACUUACAACGGGCAUGACAUGCAUGAAUUUGUCCCCCAGAGGACAUCAGCGUACAUCGGGCAGCAUGAUCUUCACAUCGGUGAAAUGACGGUGAGGGAGACGCUGGCCUUCUCUGCGAGAUGUCAAGGAGUCGGAACCCGUUACGACAUGCUUACUGAACUCUCAAGAAGGGAGAAAGAAGCCAACAUCAAGCCAGAUCCUGACAUUGAUGUCUACAUGAAGGCCAUCUCUGUGGAAGGUCAAGAGAGCGUGAUCACAGAUUACAUCCUCAAAAUUUUGGGUCUGGAAAUAUGUGCAGAUACAAUGGUUGGCGACGGUAUGAUCAGAGGCAUCUCAGGAGGACAAAAGAAGCGUGUCACCACAGGCGAGAUGCUUGUCGGGCCAGCAAAGGCACUGUUUAUGGAUGAAAUCUCCACUGGUCUGGACAGCUCCACAACGUACCAGAUCAUCAACUCCCUCAGGCAAUCUGUCCACAUCCUUGGUGGCACGGCGUUAAUCGCGUUGCUUCAGCCCGCGCCUGAAACAUACGAGCUCUUUGAUGACAUUGUUCUGCUCACCGAGGGGAAAAUCGUGUACCAGGGUCCUCGAGAAAGUGUCCUUGAGUUCUUUGAGGCCGUCGGAUUCAGAUGCCCUGAGAGGAAAGGCGUUGCAGACUUCUUGCAAGAAGUAACAUCUAGGAAGGAUCAGCACCAGUACUGGUGCCGAAAUGACGAGCCAUACCGAUACAUCUCGGUCAACGACUUCACGGAGGCAUUCAAAGCAUUCCAUGUUGGCCGCAAGAUGGGCUCAGAGCUCAGGGUGCCGUUUGAUCGAACCAGGAACCACCCUGCUGCGCUCACUACUUCCAAGUUCGGUAUCAGCAAGAUGGAGCUUCUUAAGGCAUGCGUCUCUAGGGAGUGGCUGCUGAUGAAGAGGAACUCGUUUGUUUACAUCUUUAAGAUAGUCCAGCUCAUAAUCCUUGGGACCAUCGCAAUGACUGUCUUCUUGCGUACGGAGAUGCACCGGAACUCAGUCGAGGAUGGAGUGAUCUACAUGGGCGCGAUGUUCCUCGGCCUGGUCACGCAUUUAUUCAAUGCAUUCGCCGAGCUCGCCAUGAGCAUUGCAAAGCUGCCCAUAUUCUACAAGCAGAGGGACCUGCUCUUCUAUCCAUCAUGGGCGUAUGGAUUGCCUACAUGGCUGCUCAAGAUCCCGAUAUCAUUUCUGGAGUGUGCCGUAUGGAUCUGCAUGACUUACUAUGUCAUCGGCUUCGAUCCAAACAUCGAAAGGUUCUUCCGCCAUUACCUGCUGCUUGUGCUGAUCAGCCAGAUGGCAUCGGGUCUCUUCCGGGUUCUUGCUGCAUUAGGAAGGGAUAUGGUUGUUGCAGACACGUUUGGGUCGUUUGCUCAGCUUGUUCUUCUGGUUCUUGGUGGCUUCUUGAUAGCUAGAGAUAACAUCAAGGCAUGGUGGAUUUGGGGCUACUGGUGCUCCCCUCUGAUGUAUGCCCAGAACGCCAUAGCGGUGAACGAGUUCCUUGGGCAUAGUUGGAGGAUGGUUGUUGAUCCGACAGACAGCAAUGACACGCUUGGCGUACAAGUCUUGAAGUCGCGCGGCAUCUUUGUCGACCCAAACUGGUACUGGAUCGGUGUUGGUGCCUUACUUGGGUACAUCAUGCUCUUCAAUGUACUCUUCAUUGUGUUCCUCGACUUGCUUGACCCACUUGGAAAGGGCCAAAAUGUUGUUUCUGAAGAGGAACUGAUGGAGAAGCAUGUGAACCGCACCGGAGAAAAUGUAGAGUUGCUGCUUCUUGGAAACGAUUCCGAGAAUUCACCUUCCAAUGGAGGAGGAGAAAUCACUGGCGCUGACACCAGGGAGAGGGGAAUGGCACUUCCAUUUACUCCCUUGUCAAUCACAUUCGACAAUAUCAGAUAUUCUGUGGACAUGCCUCAGGAAAUGAAAGACAAAGGUAUUACUGAAGACCGGCUAGUGCUCCUGAAAGGUGUAAGCGGAGCUUUCAGGCCAGGAGUUCUUACAGCAUUGAUGGGCGUCAGCGGGGCGGGAAAGACCACUCUGAUGGAUGUGUUGGCGGGACGGAAAACUGGCGGUUACAUUGAAGGAGACAUCAACAUCUCUGGAUACCCGAAGAACCAAGAAACUUUUGCCCGGAUUGCUGGUUACUGUGAGCAGAAUGAUAUACAUUCUCCACAUGUCACCGUUUAUGAAUCCCUCGUGUACUCGGCGUGGCUCCGAUUGUCCCCUGAUGUAGACUCAGAAGCAAGACAGAUGUUUGUGGAACAAGUCAUGGAUCUCGUCGAGCUGACAUCAUUGAGGGGAGCAUUGGUGGGACUGCCAGGAGUGAAUGGUUUAUCCACCGAACAGCGUAAAAGGCUCACCAUUGCUGUUGAGCUUGUUGCCAACCCCUCCAUCAUAUUCAUGGAUGAACCAACUUCUGGACUGGACGCAAGGGCAGCUGCCAUCGUGAUGAGGGCGGUCAGAAACACAGUAGACACAGGAAGAACAGUUGUCUGUACCAUCCACCAGCCCAGCAUCGACAUAUUUGAAGCUUUUGAUGAGUUGUUCCUGAUGAAACGGGGAGGAGAAGAAAUUUAUGUCGGCCCCUUGGGACACAACUCAUGCCAUCUGAUCGAUUACUUUGAGGGCAUACAAGGUGUGAAGAAAAUCAAGGAUGGAUACAACCCUGCAACCUGGAUGUUAGAAGUGACCACCCUAGCUCAGGAAGAUGCCUUGGGUCUCAACUUUGCCGAAGUAUACAUGAAUUCUGACCUAUACCGGAGGAACAAAGCUUUGAUAAGUGAACUAAGCACACCUCCACCUGGAUCGACGGACCUGUACUUCUCAAAACAGUACGCGCAGUCCUUCUUCACACAAUGUGUUGCUUGCCUGUGGAAGCAGCACAAGUCAUAUUGGAGAAAUCCAUCAUACACUGCAACUAGAAUCUUCUUCACGACGGUUAUCGCCCUCAUCUUUGGCACCAUCUUUUUGAACCUAGGACAGAAAGUCGGCAAGAGACAAGACCUGUUCAAUUCUUUGGGUUCCAUGUACGCAGCAGUUAUUUUCAUUGGAAUUCAGAAUGGCCAAUGCGUUCAACCUAUUGUCGACGUCGAGCGAACAGUUUUUUACCGAGAAAAGGCUGCUGGGAUGUACUCUGCUCUACCCUAUGCUUUUGCACAGGUUUUCAUUGAGAUCCCACACGUCUUCCUGCAGACCAUUAUUUAUGGUCUGAUUGUUUACAGCUUGAUUGGCUUGGACUGGGCAUUUAUGAAAUUCUUCUGGUACAUGUUCUUCAUGUUCUUCACUUUCCUGUACUUCACAUUUUAUGGGAUGAUGGCGGUCGCUAUGACGCCAAACAGUGACAUUGCUGCCAUAGUGGCAACUGCAUUCUAUGCGGUAUGGAAUAUCUUUGCCGGCUUCCUAGUCCCCCGAUCAAGGAUACCAAUAUGGUGGAGGUGGUACUCAUGGGCAUGCCCGGUGGCAUGGACACUCUACGGGCUUGUUGCCUCACAAUAUGGAGACAUCGCAGACGUUAGGCUGGAGGAUGGGGAACAAGUGAACGCUUUCAUCCACAGAUUCUUUGGAUUCAGGCAUGAUUACGUAGGUUUUAUGGCUGUCGGUGUUGUAGGAUUCACUGUUCUCUUCGCUUUCGUUUUUGCCUUCUCUAUCAAAGUCUUGAACUUCCAAAGAAGAUAGAGAGGCUAUCUGAAAACAGCUUCAGAUCGCCAUAGCUAAUAGAGUGUUGGCUUGGCAGUAGGGAACACAGGAAAGUAAGUUUAGAGGCACAAAUAUUUGGUAUCCGUUUCUCAUGCAAUUAACAUAUUUCUUAGAUCAGCAGUUCAAUUAUGUAUAUAUACUGUAUACUGUAACUAUCAGAGAAGGGCCCGUUGUAAUUUUGUAAAAUUGCCAAAAGUUCAAAUAUUUUUAUGCAAGAUUGUCUAUCUUUGGUUCA